GGCUACAGAUGGAACAGAGAAUGUUAUCAACAGGCCCCAGAUGCAGACAGUCCCACUCUGCCCGUGCGCCUCACUACACUGAUUGGAGACUAGAAAUACUGUAGAUGCUUCUCGCGUACAGCAGCGGAGAAAAGGGACACACCAGCCUAUCCGCUUUUUAGAUCGCUCCCACAUACAGACACCCCAAUCUACGCGCUAUCGGUCUCCCGUUUCCCGUCGACUGGACCUCCCGCAUGCCCCAGCCGGUUUGCGGAGGCGAGACAACAAGGCUACCGCCGGAGUCCGUGCGUUGAGGAGUAGCAGCGCAGACAGAGGAUAGGCUACCAGUUUGGAAGGACGCGGCACGACGGAGCCUCGAUUUGUGUUCCACCGCGUGGAUGGAUGGGCAAAAAGAGAAUACAGCCUGAUCCUGCACAGCAAAACUGUCUUUUUAGGCUACCUUUGAUUGAACACGUUUGGCUGAGAAUCAGUUCUCCCUAGUCCUGGAUCCAGAGUGUGUCACCUCCCCUCUGGCCCCAGACAAAACCACUCUCCACACGGGCACCAUGACCCAGGAAGGCCAGGGAAGCCCCCAGGCAGAACCACCUACGACCCUGACUGAACCUGACAUACUGGGGUUGACCCUGGGGGAAACCAAACUCCACCCGGAAGAGGAGCCAGAGACAGACAGAGGCUUGGAUGAGGAGGAAGGAGAGGAAGGUGUCAGGAUAGAAGGACCAGAUCACAGACAAAGAGAAGGUGAGGAAAGUGGAAAGGAAGAGGGGGAGAAGGUAGGGGAGAGAGUGGAACAAGUGAUGCAGGGAGAAGGAGAGGUGCAUGAAGAGCGAGAGAGUAUGGCUGAGACCAGUGAUGAAGAAGAUGGAUUGGGAGAUGAGAGGAUAGAUGGGGAAGUGGGAGAGGUGGGGAAAGAGGAGGAGAAAGAGGAGGAGGAGGAGAAAGGGGAGGAGGUGAAGGGGGUUAAAGAGGACAGAAAGAUGAACACAGAGGAAAAGGCAGAGUCAUCCUGUGAGCCCAGCUGUGAGGAGAAGGAGGAGGAAGAAGAGAAGGAAGAGGAGAAGGAGGAAGAGGAGGUAUCACCCCCACCUGAUGACCUGGGCCAGGACUUAUCAAACCCACUGCAGUCUCUGGACACGGUCAGGCUGCGGAAUGGGAUUGGACCUGAAAACGGAAUUGAAGGACACGAAGAGGACGAUGAUGACGAAGACGAGGGAGAAGUCGGCGGCUUAGUGGAGGUAAUCCAGGAACAUCUGGACACUUUUAGCUCCACCUUCGAGUGUUCUGUAGAGCUGGCGGACACAGAGGUGGAGGAAGAGGAGGACAAUGAUGACGAAGGCAGGGGGAACCAGGACAGUUUCAGCUCUGUGUUCGAACGCAUCGUGGAGCAUGAUGUGACUAUAGAGGGGGAGGAAGAGGAAGACGAGGAAGAGGGCGAAGGACAGCGGGAGAAGAGCAGGGUGGACAACAAGGAUGGCUUCAGCUCGACGUUUGAGCGUAUCGUUGAGUCUGCACUCCUCCGUGGGGGGACCUGCUACAGUAGCCUGGACUCCCUGGAUGUCCUGUCACUCACAGAUGAGACAGACAGCUGCGUCAGCUUCGAGGCUCCGCUCACCCCCCUCAUCCAGCAGAGGUCCUUUCUGCAGGGCCCUGAGCCUCUGGAGCUGGAACUGGCCACUGUCAUGGAACAGGAGGGGAGUGAGGCCGGCCCUGACGCCCAGCGAGGAGAGCCUGAGUCUGGGGAGUGUGCUGCAGGCCUGGGACAUGGAGGAAGCCCGCUGCGGACCACCAUCACCGGAACCAGGUCGGAGUUUACCCUGAGCCAGACUGACCGCUGGGCCAUCCCCAAUGGAUUUCACACCCAGGAAGGGCCAGACAGCUCUGGAGCCAUACCCAACUCUAUGAGUGAUGCCGACCUCACAGAUGUGCUGUUGGACUCGGAGUCGGAGUUGAGCAGUCUGGAGCAGCAAGAGGGAGGCAGCACAGACACCCUGGCCAAUGGUUGCCGUGCCGACUGCGAUGCCGCCAAGCGCCUGGCCAAGCGCCUCUUCUACCUGGAGGGCUUCAAGCGCUGCGAUGUGGCACGCCACCUGGGCAAGAACAAUGACUUCAGUCAACUGGUGGCAUCAGAGUAUCUCAGCUACUUUGACUUCUCUGGCCUCUCAUUAGACAAGGCGCUGAGGAACUUCCUGAAAGCCUUUCCUUUGAUGGGGGAGACUCAGGAGAGAGAGAGAAUCCUGGUCCAUUUCUCCAAGAGGUUCUGCGUUUGCAACCCCACAGCCCUCGCCCCCGACGACAAGGACCGAUCCAAGCGAAAUAGUGAAAAUGAAGAAGACGAUGACGGAGCUCAUACGUUGACCUGUGCCCUGAUGCUGCUCAACACUGAUCUGCAUGGACACAACAUAGGGAAGAAGAUGUCUUGCCAGCAGUUCAUCACUAACCUGGAUGGUUUAAACGACGGCAAAGACUUCCCUAAAGACCUAUUAAAGGUGUUGUAUAAUUCAAUAAAGAACGAGAAGCUUGAAUGGGCAAUUGAGGAAGAGGAGUUCAGGAAAAGUCUGUCUGAGCUGGUGGAGGAGCAGUGCGAGGGAGGGGGGAAGAGGGGGGUUGCCAGGGUAACGGAUGGCAAUAACCCCUUCAUUGCCAUCCCCCUCCUCCUCAACGCUGUCACAUACAAACAUGGUGUCCUGACCCGCAAGAGCCAUGCCGACAUGGACGGCAAACGCACUCCACGAGGACGUAGAGGCUGGAAGAAGUUCUAUGCGGUCCUGAAGGGGAUGAUCCUUUAUCUACAAAAGGACGAGUAUAAGCCUGAUGCAGACCUGUCUGAGGUGGACCUGAAGAACGCUGUGCGUAUCCAUCAUGCAUUAGCCACCCGAGCCACCGAGUACAGCAAGAGACCCAACGUCCUUAAACUGAAGACCUCAGACUGGAGAGUGUUCCUGCUGCAGGCAGCGAGCGAGGAGGAGAUGAUGUCGUGGAUAUUCCGUAUUAACCUGGUGGCAGCUUUAUUCUCCGCCCCGGCCUUUCCUGCUGCCAUUGGCUCCAUGAAGAAGUUUUGCAGACCUCUACUACCCUCUUCCUCCACCCGGCUGAGCCAGGAGGAGCAGCUCCAGUCCCAUGAGGGUAAGCUGAAGCAGAUGAGUGUGGAGGUGGAGGAACACAGGAAGAACCCGCCCUCGCCUUCCCCCAAGAGCAGGGAGUGGGAGGAGUACCGAAUCAAAGAGCACUACCUCAUAUACGAGAAAGGUCGCUAUGAGACAUAUAUCAACCUGCUGCAGGCCAAGAUGCGGGCGGAGACAGACGACCUGGAGAAAAUCGAGGCCAGCAUAAUGAGUGGGAUCGGGGAGAGCCGAGGGGGACGCGAGGGCUACCUACGGAAGACCAAGUCCUCUCCUUCCAUCAGCCAGCACGGGCUCAAUGGAAAGGCUUCAGGACACACCACCCCGGGCCAUCCAAGUUGAGAGGAGACCUCCCCGCCCCCCGAACAACAUAAUCAUACCCCCAUAACUCUCCCAGAGCCAGAGGGCCCCUGCACGCCUCUAAACAGGACCCACAUAUUCAACCCUGACCACCUUCCUAUUUCAUUGCACAGUAAACCAGUAAUAAUUAUUCAAAUAAUUCAAGCUCUUCAGUAUUAUCAGUGUUAUUUUUUCCAUCAGCUAUUGUUGCCGGCAGUGCUUAUAAGAACACAUAUCAAAGAACAAAUUGUGGGAAAGGAAAUAAGAGGAGAGGAUUUACCUGCCAAGUGACUUGAUUGAGGAUGUGUAAGGAGGAUUUCAGGGCGGUGGGCUUCGGUAGCAUCAAGUAGUCACUCACACUUAACACUGAGACUUCAGCAGGUUUCUCUGUGGCCACUCGGAUCAUGAACACUAUCGUCUGAACAGGCCCCAGGAACCGGCCUCCAAUCCCUCUGGGGGGCCUGAACGAUGAGGAGAUACACUUGCUCUCAGAACUGUUAUACUAUUACGAUCGACUCCAUGCUGUGUAGCCUAUUUAUUAUUGAUAUGUGUUUAUUUAUUGUAGAUUUCUCCUUCCACUUAAUACUGAGCUUCACAUAUGAUAAGGGAAGUGAAUCAAAGCACUGUGCCAUGUUUUAUAGCUCCGAGGUCCGAUUAGUGUGUCUGGAUCUAUGUGCUGCUUCUACUCAGUAAUGAUGUGGUAGUGGGGGCAGAAAGAUGGGAUACAAAUGUGGUGGAUGUUGAAGAUGCGUAUGUGUGUGCGUGAUGAGGUGUGCGUGAUGAGGUGUGUGUGUGUGUGUGUGUAUGUGUGUGGGAGACUGCGUGUGGCUUGGUUUGUUUGCGUCCAUGUGUGUGUAUGUACAGUACCAGUCAAAUGUUUGGGCACGCUUUUGAUGGGUACUGUUUAUGUUUGGAGAGGGAGUACCAGAGGAUCUGGGGUUCUGGUAACGGUGUGGCAUCUGUGUUGGUAUGCUUUGAUGGAAGUAGAGAAGACAUCUCUCCCUGAGUGGGAUCUGGCUCAUCUUCCUAUCAUCAUCUUCAGAUUCCAGUCAAAGAGAGAGCAGCAGGACUGCCAGGCCAAGCAGCAGAGGGCAUAGUGAUGGAGCGUUGCGGUACAGGACAGGGAAAACAGCCCACUGGGGGGUGUAGGCGGCAGCCAUGGAACACAUCUUCAAAUGGGAAACCAGAGAAGACACAAAGGACUCUAUUCAACCCCAGUGGUGGAUGUUCAGCAUCACGGCGUGAUGGAAAUGUAAAGGCCAUAUUUCCGCUGUAGUGGAGUCUCUAUUUAAGAUGAACACUGCGUAUGUUGGCUCACUAAGAAAUGUGCAUCACGCAGUCCGCGGUACUUAAUUCCUUAGUUGCAAAUUGAAUAGAGCCCAGACACUGCUGUCUUUCUCCCGGAAGGACUAUGGGAAGUGAAGGACCAUGGGAAGUGAAGGGGGAGGAGGGUAACUGUGCUGCUGGACUCCAUUGAUCUUCAUCAAACGUUGAAACUCUAUUCCCCCUCCCCUCCCGUCUACUUGUCAGAUGGGACAGUAUUCCUUGACCUUUUUAACACAGAAGUGGUACAGAAUAUUGGCAUGUGCAGAUUAGACAGGGACUAUAUAGAUGCUGUGUUUUUCUAUUCCACAUUGAUGAGACUGGAUUCCAGAUCUGUAGUUCUGAUGACUGAAGGAGAAUUUAGAAUCGGAACUGCCAUUUUAUACAUUAUUAAUAACAACUUUCUUACUCUGUCCGGAGACUGAUCUUGUCACUUUGGCUGUUGUGCUAAAUAACCAUUGUUUUCCCAAUGUUUUAGGGUAGAGCAGUGCUGUUGUUAUAUAUGACUCUGUGAAGACUUUUUACUUUGCUGGUCCUGUUAAAAUGGGUUUUAUUUAAACAAAGGAAACUAAGGCACUUUGUUGUCAUAAAAAUAUUUCACAUUUUUUUGGACAGGAUGUCAUACAGUGUAAACUAAAGGGCGUCUAUACUGGUUAUUAUAGUCAGUGCUUCAUAAAAUCACCUUUUAUAUACAAUAGAAAUUGGUGGUGAUGUUUUUAUUAUCAAUUCGCUUUCUAUGGAGAUGUUACCGCUGCACAAUGUUUUUAUGAGAAAAAUGUUAUACAUAUGAGAAAAUAACAAUGUGGAAAAUGUUAUGCAUAUGAGAAAAUAACAACGUGGAAAAUGUUAUGCAUAUGAGAAAAUAACAAUGUGGAAAAUGUUAUGCAUAUGAGAAAAUAACAAUGUGGAAAAUGUC